AUAAAUUUACAGGUCAAUGUUUCAGUCUCACUCACAAAUAACGAUUGUCUUGAAGUCUCACUUCGUUGCUUAGCUAUAGAAGGUGACGGGCUUGGGCUUCAUGAAUCAAAUGAUGGUGGUGUUCUUGCUACUGUCAUGGCCGCUGGAUUCAAAGGUGAAUUGGCACGUUUCCAGGCCGGAGUCUCAUUAGAAAUCUCCCGCAUGGAUGCUUGGUAUUCAGAUAGUGAUGGUUCAUUCCAAAUCCCAGCUACUUAUGUGGUCAAAGGCCUCUGUCGAAAAUGCUGCUUACCAGAAAUUAUUCUACGCUGCAUGCAGGUAUCGGUUUCACUUGCCGAGUCAGGGAAAUCAAAUGAUCAUCAUGAUGAAUUAAUUGAACUAGUUGCUUCUGGAAUGUUACGAUUGUUUAGCCAGCAACAGCUGCAGGAGUUUCUAUUAUUUGAAAGACACUGCAGCUUAUAUAAAAUGGAGUUACGGGAAGAAGAGCCAUCUGCAGUAGAUGAUUGAACAAAGAAUUCUAAACAAUCUGGUAAUCUAUUUAUCAACCCUUUAUGGCUUAGUAGAGCAGCA